UCAGAGACCCGGGUAAAGAGUCAGUUUAACACGGAUCAACCUGAGCACUCCAUCAGCACCACGCGUCCAUCUUCCUCAUGUCCGAGUCUGUCUGCGGGGACAGCUAUGCGGAGUGCAGUGCCACAGCGGACUGGCUCAUGUCCAACACACAAGUGCGGCCGACCGUGGGAAUCGUGUGCGGCUCAGGGAUGGGGGGGCUGGCCAAGAUGCUCAAGGACCCGCAGGUCUUCAAGUACAGCGACAUUCCCAAUUUCCCACGGAGCACAGUGCAUGGUCAUGCUGGACAGCUGGUGUUUGGAACCUUGAAAGGGAAACCAUGUGUUUGCAUGCAGGGCAGAUUCCACCUUUACGAGGGCUACCCCAUCCAGAAGAUCACUCUGCCCAUGCGCGUGUUCAAGCUGAUGGGCGUGGAGACGAUGAUCCUGACCAACGCGGCCGGGGGUCUCAACCAGGACUACAAGGUGGGAGACGUCAUGAUCCUCAAGGACCACAUCAACAUGCCGGGGUUCGCCGGAGUCAACCCGCUGGCCGGACCCAACGACGACAGGUUUGGCGUUCGCUUCCCCUGCAUGUCUGACGCCUACGACCGCGAGCUCCGGCAGCUGGCCCACGAUGUGGGGGCGGAGCUUGGGUUCAACGACUUCCUGAAGGAGGGAGUGUACUGCGUCCUCGGGGGCCCGUCCUUCGAGACCAUCGCCGAGUGCCGCAUGCUGCACAGCCUGGGCGCCGACGCUGUGGGGAUGAGCACCGUCCACGAGGUCAUCGUCGCUCGCCACGCCGGGAUCCGCUGCUUCGCCCUGUCGCUGAUCAGCAACCGCUCGGUGAUGGACUACGACAGCCUGGAGAGGGCCAACCACGAGGAGGUGCUGGAGACGGGCCGGCAGCGGGCCGAGCAGCUGGAGAAGCUGGUGACCACCAUCGUGGCUCGGAUGGAGCACCACAGCAACAACAACAGCUUCUGAGCCUCGGCGCCUGGUCCCAGAUCAGCUCCCAUCGCCCCAUCUCAGCGUGAAGAUUCUCACCAUGAUCGAUAGAACGCUGCAAAAUCUCUACUUCAAACCUGCCGAGCUUCAUUAACGACUUCGGAACAGUUUCCACUCACUGCAUCAGGUCUUAAGAUCUUGAACCGUGCUCCUCUUUUUUAAAUACAUUCCUCCAUUUGUUAUUCAUUGAUCAUUUUUAGGUGUUUUUGCAGAUUCUAACUUAGAUUCUAAAAUAUUUAUUGCUUCAGGUCCUUUACAUUCCCUGGCAUGUUAAUUAACCACCAUCGAGAAAACUGUAAUAUUCCAAUUCGGAUUUAAAAAAACCAACUCAUCACUGCAUUUCUUCAUCGUUGCUUCUGCUCUAAAGAAGGUGUAAAAUUUUAUAAGAUAUUUAAACAAAAUGUAUUUAUGUAGUGUUUUUUUAUUUGUUUUGAUAAUAUAUCUCGUGUCUGAUGGACAUUGAGUUGAAGUGAGGGAGGAUUUCCUGCAUGUAGCAGUUACCAAAGUGUGUAGAUUGGAUUGGAACCUGCACUUCUCAUCACUGUUAACCAACAGGCUGCUUGUGCUUUCUCUUGGAGGUACUGAUCUGAAGACUGUAGACACUGGGGAUCUUCUUUUCCUAAAUAAAAAAGUCUCCACGUGAAAACAGUGUUGUCUUUGUGAGCUACGUUCGGAAGGGAAAGGUCACGGUGUGUUUUGUAGCUGUGGGAUGUACGAGACCUUUCAGCUGCUCAUGGUCUCGAGACCCGAUUCAAAAAAGAAGAAAUCCAGCCUAUUUCAUAAAGUUAAUAGUGUAAUUUGAGUGGUUACAUGUUUGUUUGCCAAUAAAACAA